CGCAGUUGUGUGACCACAAUUUAAUGAGAGUUAAUGAAUUGUGUGAACGUUUUUUGGUGUAUAAAUUAUGUAUACGGAUAUAUUUAGUGUGUUCCUACAGGUGGGCCUUUUUACGAGUGCUGUUGUGAUAUAUUUCAUUUUCUUCAGGAAAUCAACGAGAAAUGGCUGCUAUGGACAAGCAGGUUGGAAUUAUACCCUCAAACUCUUUGUAGCACGAUUAGCGGUGAAACGUUGGAAAAUGAAAUUACCCAGUACUCAAUUGUUGGACUAUCCCCGACCAAACCAGGCGGAGGGAUACGACUCUUUCAAUAUAAAAGCUUCAGCACCCGAUGGCUCAACAAUAUUUUUGGGCAUUUGUAAACUGUGUGGUCCCAAACCAAUCGCUGAAGUACAGAUAUUUGUUAAAUUAGCGGACGGAACUUGUUAUCGGUUGCCAGAGUCAUCAGAAACAAUAACGUGCGCCUGGGAAAAUGUAGCAAACAGCUGGAGUGCUGGUGGUCUGUCGAUUCAAGUUCUCGAACCUCAAAACCGUUACAGGAUAUUAUUCAACGGUGUGUUAAGAAGAAUCAGUGAUGCGGCUGUUAGACAUGUGAAGUUUAAUGCAAUUUGGGCUUCAGCAACUCGAGCUGUGAAACAUCCUGAAGACUGGAGCAAUGAGCUAGCCGCAGAAUUUUUGGCUAGAGAGCCUUGGGGCGAUGGCACCUGGACAGAAGCUCUGGUUAAAUGUGUAAGUGGUGUCGGAAGAUGGUCGCAAUUCGGCGUCGUUCAAGGAAGAUUUAUAGCACAUGAUGAGGAUGGAAAGAUUGAUCAAAACGAAUAUCUAAGGGUCAGAGGUGUAAAAGAGAGGAGUUGGGCGCUAUCUCGCAAAGGACUAAAGCGAUCUGUAACGCUAGCGAUCGCAACAACUGAUGGUACAGCGGUGCACCUACAGGGCUCGUUAUCCCAUAAUAAUUCUACUCAUGCCGUAGAUCUCUUCGUGAAGGCAGAAAUAACAGGCGAAUUGAAAGACGCUAUUCUCUCCCAUUUAACGAUGCUGCGAGAAAAAGCUAUUGAACAAAAGCUUGGACCAGACCUUCGUUUUGCUGUAAGAUCUUCAGCUGUUGGAGAAGAUAGUGAAGCGUUAUCCGCCGCUGGACAGAAUGAGACAGUUUUGGGUGUUACCAGCGAUAAGGAUAUUCUGCGAUCUAUUUUAAAAUGCUGGGCUUCAAUGUUCGCUUUUACUAGUGCUUAUUACCGAAGACAAAAUGGUCAACCAUGUUACUGUGGCGGCGCUGUUGUAGUACAGGCACUGGUGCAGGCUCGUGUUGCAGGUGUUAUGUUCACUCGUCAUCCUGACGCUGGCGAUCCCACUAGAAUACUUAUUACUGCUAAUUAUGGGCUUGGAGAGAGUGUUGUGUCAGGAUCAGUGGAACCAGAUACAGUAAUAAUAAAGCGAAGUGCAGAUCAUAAACUUGCAAUAGCGAGUAAACAAGUUGGUACAAAAACCCAAAAAAUAGUGUCGAGUGUUAACGGACUUGAAACAGAACAAGUUUUGGACAAUGAACGUAACGUGUCAUGUUUAUCAGAAUCAGAAAUGCUAAAAUUGGCUGAAAUAGGGAUUGCACAAGACGACUUAUGGGGUGCUGGCAGAGAUAUUGAAUGGGCUAUCAGCAAGAGUGGUAUAGUUUAUCUGUUACAAGCGCGACCUAUAACAUCAUUGGAGAGAUGGACAGAGGAGGAAUUACUUCAUGAAUUAGAUUUUCCUAUAAUGUCCGACGAUGAGUUACUUACAUUUGCUAAUACAGGAGAGGUGCUUCCAAAGCCAAUAACAGCAUUGACGUAUGAUAUGGUGCUGGUACCUAUAGAACGUGGAGUGACAGGCCUUAUUCCUAAUAAUGGUGAUGGAUAUGACAAAAGUGUCGUGGUUACACACAACCGAACGUGUCUUGCUCUGUAUAACACUGUAUAUCGCAGAGUUCCCAAAGAGAUGGACGUAAAUUUGCGAAUGGUAGAAAUAUCAAUUCAUGGACACAAAGUAGCCGAUGACAGUAUUUUAAAAACUGCUUUUCACAGACGUCAACCGAAAGCGACAGACAGGCUAUUCUCAAUUAUCAGCAUGGUGAAGAACCUUAUUAUAGCGAAGAAGUCCAUGAAUGACACACUCAAAAGAGUUCCCUGUAUGAAUAUUGCCACAUUGGAUAAUGUACAUAAAAUGUUUAACAGUAUAGCUGAAAUGGAGCAAGAAAUGUCUCGAUAUUCUCUCAAUCACAGUAUUACCUCAGCCGCGAGUUCGUUCACUCAGUUUAUUGCUAUGUCUGUUUUAUUGGAAGGAAAGUCAGAUUUUUCACCUGAACAAUGCAACGAAAUAAGUACGUUAUUAAGUUCUGGCGAUGUUUUGUCAGCUGAGGUGCCCCAGGGCUUAGCAAACUUAACGCAAAUGCUGGAAGACUCUGGCAGAAAUGAAGAAUUCAGAAAGCAAGAUCCAAAUACGGCUAUGCAAUGGCUCAAAUUAAACGUACCGGAGGUUCAUGAACAUGUCACAACAUUUCUUGAACAGCACGGUCAUAGAGCUAUAAUGGAAUUCGACCUGUCAACAAAGCCUUGGGCUCUUGUACCAGAAGAUCUGAUGAAAUUACUCAUGCAAGUUGUGCCAAAUCAGGAAUCUAAAGAAACUAAAACCGGGGAGGAUAUUAUUUCUUCUUUAAAAACACCACAAAAACCAAAUACCAGGAAGGCUCUAAAGUGGAUUUUACCUCUGUGUCAACGCACAGUUCGAUACAGGGAAGCAACUAAGGCGCAUUUAAUUUUAGCUGUUCAUAAGCUUCGACUAGCGGCUAUACAUCUAGGGAAACUAAUGGUACAAAAUUGGUAUCUACCUCACUAUGAACUCGUUUUCUAUUUUAGAAUUCACGAACUGAAGAACUAUAUAGACACAAGGGAUCCAGCGUUAUUGAAAAAGGCAAUGCAACGAAAACAAUAUUACUCAAAUUGGUCCAAGCUUAAAUUCGCUGAAAUGAACAAAGGUUGGGUGCAACCCUUAUCUACCGAGGGUCCUCGGAUAUAUAGCGACGGUGAUAAAAAGUUAACUGGAACAUCUGUUUGUGGCGGAGAAGUAGUUGCAAGGGCUUGUGUUGUGCGAGAUUUAUCAGAGGUUGACCAGCUAAGACAAGGAGACGUUCUCAUAACACAUGCUACAGAUAUCGGUUGGUCGCCAUAUUUCCCGCUGCUGACUGGUAUUGUUACGGAACUUGGAGGCCUUAUUUCACAUGGUGCGGUCAUAGCUCGUGAAUAUGGGCUGCCCUGUUUAGUGGGUGUUGGGGAAGCCACGGAUGUGUUCAAGACUGGUGAUAUUGUACGUUUAUCAGGAAAUGAGGGACUGAUUGAAAAAGUUAGCAUAGAAGUUACGGCUGACAACUAGUAUAUUUAUUUACUUUACAAUUUAGAUACCUCUAGAGAAAGUUUGUUAAUCGAGUAAACUAUCACUUGAAUAAGUAUGAUGUAGUUUUUUUGAGUAUUAUAUAAAAUGCUAUGAAACAAAUCUUUAGAAAAUG